GAAGGGAAGGGCUAAUUAUGUCUCUGUGUUUUCGCUUUUAUCUAAGUUGUCUUUGUGUCUCACCUUCACGCAUGUUAUGGACAUUUUUUAGGUUUAAUGUAUGAAAAAUGGACUAAUUAAUUUCUUUUUCUUUUUCCUUUUAGUUUUAAUUUCUUACUCACUCACUCACUCAAUUCCCAAGGCUCUCACCCUUAAAAACAACCUCCACUUCCUCUAAUCAAAAUCUUAUGUUUUCUUGUCCCUUCCUUCCUCCUCCACUUUCUCUUUUCUAGGGUUUUAUUUUAUUUAUCUUCUUUCGGUUAUAUAUAUUUUUACCUUUCUUUGUGUUAAAUUGAAACCUCAAAGCAAAUAGUAUUACACAUAAAGCGAAAAAAAGAACUGUAAACAAGAUUAAAAAAAAAUUUUCUGUUAAAUUAAAUGCCGUGAAAUCCAUGUGAAUCGAGUUGAUGGAGCUGAAUUUCUUGCUCUGGAAGCCGACUGUUGUCAAGUCACCGCGUCUUUACUUUUUGGGAGGGUUUGAAUCAGAGUGAAGGGGAGAUCUCAGGGGUUUAGUCUUAUUCUACGAAGGAUCGAGCAUUGAUGUAAUGUUAAUUAAGAUUUUAUCGUGAAGAGAAGAAAGAAUCGUUGCCUCCACAAUGCAUUUCGCUAAGCUCGAUGACUCUCCCAUGUUUCGCAAGCAGAUACAAUGCAUGGAGGAAAGCGCCGAGUUGUUACGUGAGAGAAGCUUAAGGUUUUUCAAAGGAUGCCGAAAAUACACUGAAGGACUUGGCGAGGGAUAUGAUGGGGACAUUGCUUUUGCAAGUGCCCUUGAAAUGUUUGGUGGAGGACAUAAUGACCCUAUUAGUGUUGCUUUUGGUGGACCAGUUAUGACCAAGUUUACCAUAGCAUUGAGAGAAAUUGGAACAUACAAGGAAGUUCUUCGGUCACAGGUUGAAACCGAGCUAAAUGAAAAAUUAAUGCAGUUUGUCAAUAGGGAUUUACUUGACGUCAAGGAAGCACGUAAACGCUUUGAUAAGGCUAGUCUCGUUUAUGACCAGGCUCGUGAAAAGUUUCUUUCACUCAGGAAAAGCACAAAGAGUAAUAUUGCCAAUGUUUUGGAAGAGGAACUUCAUAAUGCGAGGUCAACAUUUGAGCAGGCUCGCUUUAAUCUAGUAACUGCUCUUUCAAAUGUUGAAGCUAAAAAGCGAUUUGAGUUUCUGGAAGCUGUUAGUGGGACUAUGGAUGCACAUCUUCGAUACUUCAAACAGGGCUAUGAAUUAUUGCAUCAAAUGGAGCCAUAUAUUAAUCAGGUCAUGACCUAUGCACGGCAAUCAAGGGAAAGAUCCAAAUAUGACCAGGCAGCUUUAAAUGAAAGAAUGCAAGAGUACAAACGGCAGGUUGACAGAGAGAGCAGAUUGUCUUCUAAUGGUUCUAAUGGAUCUCCUAAUGGAGAUGGUAUACAAGCAAUAGGUAGAAGUUCACAUAAAAUGAUAGAGGCAGUAAUGCAGUCUGCUGCGAAGGGAAAGGUUCAAACCAUUCGACAAGGCUAUCUGUCAAAACGUUCAUCAAGCUUGAGAGGAGACUGGAAAAGAAGAUUUUUUGUCCUUGAUAGCCGUGGAAUGUUGUAUUAUUACCGCAAGCAGUGCAGCAAAUCAUCUGGGUCUGGCAGUCAGCUUUCUGGUCAGAGAAAUAGCUCUGAACUUGGAUCUGGAUUAUUGGGCCGAUGGCUUUCUUCUCAUUAUCAUGGUGGCGUUCAUGAUGAAAAAUCUGUUGCCCAUCACACAGUGAAUCUGCUUACGUCAACAAUUAAAGUUGAUGCCGACCAGUCAGAUUUGAGGUUUUGUUUUAGGAUAAUUUCUCCUACAAAGAAUUACACCUUGCAGGCAGAGAGUGCACUGGAUCAAAUGGAUUGGAUUGAAAAGAUAACUGGUGUUAUUGCUUCUUUGCUUAGUUCUCAGGCUCCUGAAAGGUGUCUCUCUGCUAGUCCCAUGGGAAGUGGUCAUCAUCGAUCUGCCAGUGAGAGUAGUUCAUUUGAAAGUUCUGAUUUUGAUCACACUGGUGUUGAAGAGUAUGCCUCUGAGAGAAACCUUGUUAGUGCACAUAACGAACGCCAAUCAAGAGCCUCACAACAUCAAAGGUCCUGUCUAAAAAAUGAAAAGCCAAUUGAUGUACUGCGAAGAGUAUGUGGGAAUGACAAAUGUGCAGAUUGUGGUGCUCCUGAACCUGAUUGGGCAUCUUUGAAUCUGGGUGUUCUUCUUUGUAUCGAGUGUUCUGGUGUUCACCGUAAUCUUGGUGUUCAUAUAUCAAAGGUUAGGUCGCUUACUCUUGAUGUAAAAGUGUGGGACCCAUCUGUUAUAAGUUUGUUUCAAUCUCUGGGCAAUACCUUUGCUAACUCAGUUUGGGAGGAAUUGUUGCACUCCAGAAAUGCUUUCCACGUUGAUCUUACUCCAAGCUUUUCCAAGUCUGAUAAACCGCAGCUGCUGCUUAUGGGAAAACCUUGUCAUUCUGAUUCUAUAUCUGUAAAGGAGAAGUUCAUUCAUGCAAAGUAUGCAGAAAAGCUUUUUGUUUGCAAACUGAAAGAUGAGCAACAUCCUCAAUCAGUUGCACAACAGAUUUGGGAGGGUGUUCGUGCCAAUGAUAAGAAGGCUGUAUACCGUUAUAUUGUUAAUUGUGAAGUAGAUUUAAAUGCAGUGUAUGAACAAUCUUCUGGGUCUUCAUUAACCCUUGCCAAAGUGAUGCUUCUGCAAGAACAUACAAAUGUCUGUAACAACAGCUCCAGUUACAUCACAGGGGAUUCAUCAGACAGAUCCUCUGCUAGCUCUUUCAACUUGGUGGGUACCAGUGAAGGGCAAACCACAGACGAUUUAGAUGGUUGUACCCUACUUCACCUUGCCUGUGAAACGGGUGACAUUGGCAUGAUUGAACUUCUAUUACAAUAUGGAGCAAAUAUAAAUGUAAUGGAUUCAAGAGGUCAAACACCACUUCAUCGAUGUAUUCUCAAGGGCAAGGCUGCAGUUGCUAAAUUACUCCUUACCAGGGGAGCAGAUCCGCAGGUGUUAAAUAGGGAAAAUAAAACCCCUGUUGAGCUAGCAGUGGAAUCAGAAUUUGAUGACAGUGAGGUCCUUGCUUUAUUAUCAGACUCAAACGGGUAACUAGGGUGAAAAGAAAAUAAAUUGGAGUUUGAGCUGUACCUGAAGUGUGAAAUUUGAAAAUGCAUUCGUGUUGGUUUUUUUGGUGUAAUUAUAACAAUAUCUAAAAGUUAGAGCCGGUUGUAGUUGACAUGGAUGUCCCCUAUAUUGGGAGGGGUACUAAACAAAAAACAAGUGGGAGGUUGUGCUAGUGCUAGGCUGCCCCCAUGGGUACAUGUGAAAAUUAGUACCCUAGAGGACAAAGAUGGUUUUAAAAGCAAGUAAAAUGGUCCAUCAGCUGACAGCCUUGCUUCAGAGGGGAGGGGAAGGGAGGGGAUGGCUAAAGGGUAAAGGCUAAAGUAAUAAUGCAAUGCGGUGUUGUGUUAUUUAUUAGUUGGAUCAUGGAUGUAGCUGUUGAGUUGAUGUUAGAUUUUAGAGUAGUUGGUGUGUUAUGUACAUUUAAUUUAUAUAUUAUAGUAUUGGUGCUUUUUUCUGGUGCCUGUAAUUAAAUAUUUUUCGUGGUUGCACUUAAAAAAACAUAUUUUAUGUCCUCGUUUA